AUGAGGAAAAAUAUAACAAAAAGUGGUCAGGCAGCACAUAAAAUUAAAAAAUACAAAUAUCAAGACCAGCUUGAGUUUUUAAAACCACAUCUCCAAGAAAGGGACACGAUGAACAAUUUAGAAAACGAUGAUUCUGAUCAUGAAGUUGGACACGAUGUAUCUGAGGAAAUCGCAAAACAAAGUAAUAAAGUGAACAAAAAUAUAGAAUAUGAAGAAGAAGAACCAUCAUCUUCCCCGGCAACAAAUAAGCCACUUAAAAAACGAAAAUUAAAUACUCCAGAAACAGCUUCAUCUACUUUGAUGAAGUAUUUAAUUGAAAAAAAUGAGAGCAAAAAAGACACAUUACCAACCGUUUUACAACAACAUCCUGUUGAUGCUUUUUUAGCUAGUAUUUCUCCGUCUCUGAAAUCGUUUUCACCAUAUAAUUUAAAUUUAGCAAAGACUAAAAUUUUUUCCAUUGUCCAAGAGCUUGAAAUGAACAUGAUUUUAGAACAACAAAGGCAAACAUCUUAUACUACGAUCAAUUCACCACCACAACACAUGCAGUAUUCCCAACAACAACCACUUUCAGAGUAUAAUAACUUAUCUGUAGAUACCCAUACACAAAAUCAUCCAUAUACUUCUACGCCUAUUCGAAAUACACCCACGGGACAACAAACAUACAAAAACAUAGACACACAAUCUGUUCAAUUGCCAUUUUCUCCUUCCAUCUACAAACCAGGACAUGCAUUCAGGACCAAUUCAUGA